AUGAUACCAUAUGAUACAGUGGGAGCUCCUCCUUCGUUCCAAGGUAUGCCUUCCUCAAGUCAUCGUUCAGUUGACUCCCUCGCAGAGUAUCGACCGCUCAUGAGUGGUAAGCCAGAGGUGCAUUCUAGUUAUUAUUACCACACUAUGCCCAUGGCAAUCCCAGAGCCCUAUCACUAUGGGCCGGCCACGAACUCCAUGCCGCCAGCCCGUGUUGGCUUGUCAGAUCCGCGCGAUGCCUACGUUCCAGCCGGCGUACAUGACGUGUCAAUGCGCAGCGUUCCACGACCUCCAUCGCGCUACGUACACGAGCCCAUGGAGUAUGGACCGGUGCACAGCAUACACGAAUUGCCGCCACCACUUAUGGCUCAUAACGACGGUUCCAUGUUACAACCAAACCCAAGUGCCCCCAUGGACAUGGGGUCUUCGCUUCAUGAUGAUACUGUCUUUGGUCCGACUCAUCGCAUGCAUGCCAUACCACCUCAUCACCCCCAGUAUCCACAGGAUGUACCGCCCCGCUCAGCGAUCAAGCGCGUCACGUCUCAACAUGCAACAACACCGCUGCCGCCACCUUCCUUCACUGAUGCGCCAGCAUCGAAGCGCGAUCGGAAACGCAAGGAUGUACUUGAGCGCCUUGAUCGCGCACACUGGGAAACAUUUGAGAAUCGCGACCCCCUAUACCAAGAUGCAUACAUGGGACUUUCAUCCACAUAUUACACCCUCAUGAUGCGGCCGUCGUUUGUUCGUGAGUAUGCUAUGAAGCUAGCUGACCAAACGGUACGCCGUGAUGCAUCACUGCGCGAAGCGUCUCUAUACCGUGCCUUCCUAAUGGAUCGAAGUCGACAUACAUACGAUAUGGAGCGCAGCAGAGUCGAAGACGAAGCUCGCGUGUCGAAGCGGAGCGUGCGCGACAAGCUGCUUGGUGUGAUUGAGGAGCGCAAACGUCUCCUGAAAGACGAGCGAGACAUUGGCGACUUCACUGGCGACUAUAUUCUUGAGCACUCGCAUCGACAGCAUUCUACACGCCAGUUGCGGAACAAGGACAGCUCCUCCAAUGGCGCGCCGGCGCGUCUUGGACAGCUCCUCGACUAUGAACAGACGGAAUCCUCUGCGUACUUGGGUAUUGCCACUGCUGUAGCUCAGCUGCUUGGCUGGUCAGAAACAGAAGCGACUAUGGCUAUUGCAGCGGCUAGUACAGGUGGCGAUGGUAACCUGUUAUGCAGGGCACCCGACGGAAUCAACACACGCCUCCCACUGCUCGAGACAUUUGCUUCACAGGCGUCUCUCCUAGCAGGUAUCAAUGUAACGCCCAGCACAGGCAAAGGUAAGAAAAAGGACGCGGUUGGGAAACUGUCAUCUAGGUCGGCGAUAGAUCGCAGCGACGAUGACGAUGCAAUAACAACAACAACACCCCUGCUGUCGUCUGGCGGUGGCCGCUUGCGUUGGGACACAGCUAAGUGCUUGAGCCAGCUUACCUCGGCGAAAGACUUUGAAGUUGAGGCGGAUCUCAUCCAUAUCCAUCAGAUUGGACAAAAGCGACGGCGUCGAUAG